UCUGGGAAAGAAAACUACUCUCGGAGUUGAAUACCUACAUUUGUUUAUCUAUCGGACCUCUGUGAUUCUCUUCCAGUUCACCUUCGAACAGCUUUUGGACCGCAUCGGAACGAGAACUACCGAGAACCCGAUGGAGAAGUUUGUGAGUUGCUGGCAGCUAUGUGUGAAGUAGUCAAGACGUGGAAGUUCGAGGCGUCCGGACUCAGAUACUCAGCGGAGUCGAGUUCAAGGAGCAGAUCAACAGGAGCGUGUGGAGCGGCCGCGGGCUGCACUCUGUGAAGACAUGGGAACAGGGCUCUGCCUCUCCACGGAUCCUGCGUUAUGAGCACAGUUUAAGCGCUUCGGUGGAGCUGAGAUGGUCUAAGCCCGCUUCAUUACAUUUGCACAGAUCAACAGGACUGAAUCCAAUGAGCGGCCUGGAGGAGAAGGAGCACAUCGGUGUCAGCUGCUAGUAAAUCUAGAGAUCUGGUGUUUCACAAAGCGUUGGUAAACACGCCGGGUGGCAGCAUGUGGAGCCCGGGGACGUGGAUGUGGAGAGCGGCUCUGUGCUGCAUGCUCGUGGAAACGUUUCUGCACAGCGCUAGAGGUCUCAACAUGUGCAUGAGUGGCAGUGCUACAUCCUGUGAAGAAUGCCUCCUGAUUCACCCCAGUUGCGCCUGGUGCGCACAAGAGGAUUUUGGGAGGGGGCGGACGCUGACAUCAAGGUGUGAUUUUAGCCAAAACUUGCAGAAGAGGGGCUGCGAUGUGCAGUUCAUUGAGUACCCCACCAGCAGCAUUUCUGUCCUGAAGAACAUGCCCCUGAGUUCUAAAGGGUCUGGGUGGACCCAGUAUGAUGUCAUCCAGAUUAUGCCUCAGAAGAUCUCUCUCAGCCUGCGGCCAGGAGACCAGACGUGGUUUGGGCUGCAGGUGCGGCAGGUGGAGGACUACCCAGUGGAUCUCUACUACCUGAUGGACCUCUCUCUUUCCAUGAAAGAUGAUCUGGACACCAUUCGUAACUUGGGCACCAAACUGGCCCAGGAGAUGGGCAAGCUCACCAGCAACUUCAGGCUGGGCUUUGGUUCCUUUGUGGACAAAAACAUGUCCCCCUUCUCUUACACAGCACCUAAGUAUCAGGAGAAUCCAUGCAACGGAUACAAACUGUUCCCCAACUGUGUCCCCACCUUCGGUUUCCGCCACAUCCUCUCACUGACAGAUAAAGUGGACCGCUUUAACGAGGAGGUGCAGAAGCAGAUGGUAUCUCGCAACCGGGACGCACCAGAGGGUGGAUUUGAUGCCAUCCUGCAGGCUGCUGUUUGUAAGGAGGAGAUCGGCUGGAGAAAGGAGGCCUACCACCUGCUGGUAUUCGCCACAGACGAUGUUCCUCACCUUGCUCUGGAUGGCAGGCUGGGAGGCCUCGUCCAGCCCCACGAUGGACAGUGUCACCUCAAUGACAAGAACGAGUACAGUGCUUCCACAAAGAUGGAUUAUCCCUCUCUGGCUCUUCUGGGGGAGAAACUAGCAGAAAAUAACAUCUUCCUCAUCUUUGCAGUGACAAAACGGCUGUACGUUAUUUAUAAGAAUUUUACUGCUCUCAUACCCGGAACUACAGUAGAAAUCCUGGACCAGGACUCGAAGAAUGUAAUUCAGCUCAUCAUUACAGCUUACAAUAACAUCCGUUCUAAAGUGGAGCUGUCAGUGUGGGAUCACCCAGAGGACAUCAGCCUCUCCUUCACCGCCACCUGCCAGGAUGGAAAGCCACUGCAGGGCCUCAGGAAGUGUGCCGACUUAAAGAUAGGAGACACUGUAUCAUUCAACGUGAGUGUGGAGGCGAGGGGCUGCCCUCCCCGCGGCACUGACCAGAGCUUCACCAUCAAGCCGGUGGGCUUCAAAGAUCGUCUGGAGGUGGCUGUGGAUUAUCAGUGUGACUGUGGCUGCAGUCAGACAGCAAAAACCAACAGCAGCAUCUGCAGCUCCAUAGGUACUUAUAACUGUGGGAUUUGUCACUGUGAGCCGGGCUACCUGGGCGCCCGCUGCGAGUGCCAGGAGGGCGAGGCCAGCAGCAUGUACCUCAGCGCCUGCCGGGAAGCCGAGGGCAAGCAGAUCUGCAGCGGUCGAGGAGAGUGCAGCUGCAACCAGUGUCUGUGCUUCGAGUCUGAAUUUGGAAAGAUUUACGGCAGCUUCUGCGAGUGUGACGACUUCUCCUGUGCCCGACACAAAGGCGUCCUCUGCUCAGGUCAUGGAGAAUGCCACUGCGGGGAGUGUAAAUGCCACGCCGGUUACAUUGGCGACAACUGUAACUGCUCCACAGAGACGUCGUCCUGCAUUUCAGAUGAUGGGAAGAUGUGCAGCGGGCGAGGCCACUGUGUGUGCGGCCGCUGUCAGUGUACUGAGCCAGGGGCCUUUGGAGAUGCGUGUGAAAAAUGCCCCACCUGCCCUGAUGCCUGCGGCACUAAAAGAGAGUGUAUCGAGUGCCGGCUUUUCAAUUCGGGACGGCUCGCAGACAACCAGACUUGCCAGCGCCUGUGCAAAGAUGAAAUCAUCACCGUGGAGACCCUCAAAACGGAGGACCCCGGCGCUGUGCUUUGUCUCUACAAGACAGACAACGAUUGUCUCAUGAAGUUCACAUAUUCUGAGCACGCCAGCGGACUAUCCAUCCUCACAGCUUUAAAAGAGCCAGAGUGUGGUGGUGGCCCAGAUGCUCUGAUGGUGCUGCUUGCAGUGGUUGGCAGCAUCCUGCUGGUGGGAGUAAUACUGCUCGCUGCCUGGAAGUUGGUCAUCACCAUUCAUGACCGGCAAGAGUUUGCACGUUUCCAGAGUGCGCGCUCACGAGCCCGAUACGAGAUGGCCUCCAACCCUCUGUACAAGCAGCCUGUCUCAACACAUUUUGUGGAAACAGAUUUCAACAUGUAUGGGAAGUCUUACAACGGAGGGGUCCACUGAUCCCUCUGCACAGGGGGCGGCAGGACCGGUCCAACAAACAGAUCCCUGGAGGACGGGCCGAGGCGGACGGCGGACUGAACGCUCAUCCCUCUGCAUGGGUCACAUCUGAAAGCAGAAGUGAAAUGAACUCGACUGUGUCCAAGGGGGAAUCUGUGACCAUUUCAUCUUUACGGCGGGGAUUCAAGCCUAGCACAGAGCGUGAUGGGACUUUUUUUUUUUUUUCUUCAUCUGUGUGUUUCAGUGACAGCGGCGGCGGUCGAGGGAGGAGCAACGCAUGAACUCCUCGGGCUUGUUUAGAGAGAGAGGAAGAGAGAGUAGAGUUUGUCUGCAGUUCCACAAUAUAAAUAAACUCUCUCAUGAAAACCUUAACUCCCACCACAUGAAACACACAUUCAGUCUUUGUACAGAGCAGGCAGGACGUUGGUUUAUCUUUGUAUAUUUUUAAAAAACACAAAAAAUGCCUUUUUUAGUAAACUUUGCACCCAACAGGACUCUGAACUGUUUGAAUAUCACUCCGCAGUACAUAACUUCAAAUUUACAGGAUUAUUAGAAAGCACAUGUUUCUGACGGUGGCCAUGAUGAUCUUGUGGUACUACUAACAUUUACUAAGCAAUAGACUUCUUACCUUCAUUUUGCACAGAGAAUGUUAAGAAUCAAGUCUCGUAAAGGGUUACAUUUCCUUUUGUGUUGUGUAUACGUGUGUGUGUGUGUGUGUGUGUGUGUGUGUUAUUAUAUGCUCAAUUGCACUCCCUUCUCUUAAUCUGAAUUGCAGGGUACCCAGCUUCUGAACCCUUAAAAGAUCAGGCCGGUGUUGCUCUCUCUGUCUUUUCUAUUAACAAAUCUCAUGAAAAGACCAAAACCAACAACUUCUUCAAUACAAAGUUUCAUUUUUCUAAGAUAUUCAGCAGUUUCCUAAAGCCACUGGGCACAGAGGUUAUUAGCAAACAUUACUUGAAUAGGAAGAAUGAAUUUGUUGGGGACUAUUUUCAGCAGUGCAUUAAUACACAUUUGGAGCUUGCAGUAAACUGUUGUUUACUUGAUUGUAAAUUGACAGAAAAUUGGCCUGCAACUAUUUUGAUAAUGGAUUAAUCGUUAAGAACUUUCAUCUUGUGUUGGUUUUGGCAGCCGCUGUGGACAGAAGCAGGAGUGUUUCCUCCGCCUCGUGUUGUAAAGAGCUUGAUCUGGCUAGCGUGCACAUUUGUUUUGGAAGUGAGUGAAAGCAUUUUUCUUUUUGAAACACAGCUGUUUGCUGGAUGCACAGUGAUGAAAUAACGUAUCUGGUCGUGGCUAUGUAUGACUAAUAACUACAAUAUGAAGAUGGGGAAACAAAGUUUUAGUACCAUUUAUAUACCAAGGCUGUAUGUUAGCCUAGAACAGAUUGGGUUGCUCAGUAAUAAAGCUAAAGCUAUCAACAUUCCCCAUGUUACAUGUGUGUCUAAGAGAGCCAACUUACAAUCAGUUUUGAAUCCUGUACCAUUUAUUUUUUUUCUUUUUUCUCCCUCUUUGCUGAUCCUGACCCAGUAUCAGCCAUAACCACAGAAUGUCGAAAAAUAAAAUUGAAAAGAAAAUUGAAGUGCUAUCGUGUUGCUUACUACAAGUCAGCCUGGGUAAAUAUAAACAUAGGCUCUUUCAGCCUACGUCGCAUAAAUGGUUUGGUCUGAUUCCGCAGGGAAUCCAAUCCACUGACAGACAUGAACAACCACUAUGUAUGGCCUUGUUUGCUUAUGUAGGUCGUAUAGAGGCAUCAGUAUUACGUACAUUUCAUAACCAGGUAAAAGCUCCUUGUAGUAUGUUUAUGUCUUUUCUUUUUGUUUUUUCCUCAGAGUCAUCAGCUCUCUCCAGCUUCAGUGGUCAUUGUUAGGAUUGGCUGCUUUUCCCUGUUUUCAUUCAUUGUAAAUUGAAUAUUUUGGGGGUUUUUGUCAGACAAAACAAGCAAUCUGAAGAUGUCACCUAGGGCAUUAGGAAACUGUGACAGGCAUUUUUCUUUUACUAUAUUUUAAAAAAUAAUUGACCAAAUUAACAAUGAAAAUACUGUAGAAAUAAUGGAAUGAAAAUAAUGGUUAGUUGCACUGCAACAUGUGGCUCAUUUUCCAACAACAACACAGAGGAGUGACCUUUAUCAAGCUUUGGAUACACAAGCAAUACUUGCUAGUUGGAUCAGUUGAUUGUUGGUUUUGGUAUUUUGGUUGGAUCUGUUGACUGUAAGAGUCUCUGACCCCUUAACAACACCUCACAAUCAGAGGCAACGUCACAUGAUAACACUGUAUAUCCAGCACUGUGGUGACUGCCUUAAAACAUUCUCCUGAUAAAGUAGAUUUGUUUCGUUCAGGAUCAGUAGAGAUGCAGAGUACAUCACCUCUUUCUUGGAAUACAGACACGUGUGGUACUUGGAGUUAAUGUACAGUAGAUCUGGGCAUACGAUAUGACUGGCUGCUACAUGAGAAAGUCCUUGUGACAGUUUGUCCACCCUGUCUGCACUGGGAGUGGGUGGAAACUUUGAGACACCUCAAAGGAUUGUGUCCAGAGUUAUAAAUCUACCGUUACAGUUCCCACAGGAAGAGGUGGAGUAUGAGCUGUCACAGGGAAGUCUGACAGUGAGAAAUGCUGGAGGGGUUGAGCCUGGGUGACAACGAAGGGUGCUCUGUGGUCUUUUUUGGGAUGGUUGUACAGUAAAAGUGGCAGGGAUUUGGAGUUUGUAUGUGUAAGCGUGUGUUUGAGUGGAAAGAGUGUGUGUACAUGGGUAUGUAUGUACAUACAGUGCCAAAUGAACUGAUUUUUUUUUUCAGUUUGGAGUUUUGACUUGGCUUGGCUGUGUGCCUUGGCACAGUUUACUAAAACUCACCCACACCUCUUUCAGCUCAAACAUAAAUCUGUAGUAUAGCGCUCUCUGUACAAUUGUGAACAUUUUCACAUGGAUGAACAGUCCACAAAUGGACUCGCACCACUACACGUUUAUGUAAUACUGUACACAGAGCAAGAACAAUAAAUCUCA